GCAACCAUGCCGCGAGUUUCUAACGAGAGUUUCUAACGAGUUUCUGAAAAACCGAAACUGAAACCAUGCUGCAUGAACUUCGCUCAACAUGGAGAAGAAAUACUAUAUUUUUGUAAAUGGUCUUGAAGGGGAAAAUAAAUCUAUCUUCGUUUCCAACUCCGAGGAUGAGUUCAACAAAACAACUAUUUUGGCUUUCAAAGAAAAGAUUCUGGUAGCAUUUCCGCAUAUUCCUGAGGAUCAGAUCAGAAUAAUAUUCAGUGGUUCCCAGCUUCAGGACACCGACACUUUUGCCAUGCGCAAGAUCAAGAGCGAGGCCACCUUCUAUCUGCUUCUCAGAAUGCGUGGAGGGCAACUUCAACCGGAUGAAGAGAGUAGAGACAGGCGACACAGCCGCGACUUAACCCUAUCCCCGGACUUUUAAUAAUGUCUUUCCUGUCCUAUUUUUAGUGUGGAGAAUAAACCUAAUAUUUCCCUA